AUGAACCCGGCUGGAUGUAACCGACCUUGGCUGAUCUGUGCGGUCUCUUUCUUUGCAGGUAUCUUUGUAUCUUCGUAUGUUGACUAAGGGUGUAGUGGUUGUUGUAGGACUAGCCCUGAUGGUACACGCCAUCCCCACCCAGUCCGGACUAAAUUCGGUCGAAGAUAAACAACGAAUCAGCUCUCACGUUUUGGACAUUUCCAAUGGGAAUCCGGCCAAGAACGUUAGACUAGUCAGCUUCAAGUACAACGAGAGCACCAAAAAAUGGGUGGAACUGGCCGAGACGUAAGUACAGUAACCAGAACUAAAAGUAGUACGUAAAGUUCUGAGCGAGAAACCAGGAUUCACAUUAUGUAAUUUAUCUUCUGUUCGAUCCCUUGAAACUCAAAAUAAAAAUUUAUAUUUUUAUUUACUCUUUGACCUGACUACAACAAAAAUUACAGUCUAUCAACACCUAAUUAACAUAGUCUACUAUCAGCAUGUUAGCCCUUUCAUUGUGUAAAAGUUGUUAAUUAAUGUAAUUAUGUUGAUUAAGGGAAACGGACGAGAACGGAAGAGUAUACUCAGUACAUCCAGGCCUAGCACUAGAUACUGGAAUAUUCAAGAUAACCUUCCACACAGAAGAGUACUAUCAAGCACUGAAUCAGACUACUUUCUAUCCUCAAGUUGAUGUAAGUAACUUUUACAAAGUAACACGUGUUAAGACACCUGCCACAUACUAAGAAAUACAAUCGCGUUCGUAUAUGAUAAAGUAUGGCACAUAACGUAAAAAAUCUUAUAUAUGUUGUUACAUUUUUCGUCGUAUUUAGGUUGUAUUUCGAGUGACAGACCCGAACUUGAAGCUGCACGUGCCACUUACACUCAGUAACUACGGCUACUCCACUUAUAAAGGACAGUAG